UGAUGUCAUUUCAAAAACGUAAACAAUAGAAAUUCACGAUGUCGACGCCGAAAGUUGAAAAAGACUUGCAUUUACCAUUAUCCAGAGUGAAAACUAUUAUGAAAAGUUCUCCAGAUGUUGAAGCUGUUGGUCCUGAACCUUUAUAUUUAGUUACCAAAGUCACAGAACUCUUCGUAACGGAUUUAGCUAAGAGAGCAUUUAAAAAUAGUAAGAACAACUUCUUGGAGUACAAACACAUUGCAGAAGUGGUGCAAGAAGACGAUACGUUAGAUUUUUUACGGGAAAUAAUGCCUAGAAAGAUAACCGUGAGGCAGUUUAAAGAGAUGAUGGCGAAAAAGGCGGCAAAAGGCGAUCUGUCUGACGAGGAGUCCAGCGAGCAAUCGAGUGAAGAGUACAGCACUGAUGAGAGCACAAGUGGGAAGGAGACAAAUGAUCAAGACUGACGAAGGAGUAGUUUAUUUAGGUAAUGUUUUGCAUGAACUGGAAUAUGUAUGUCAAAAAUUGUCACUGUUUUUGCCGAAGUUUUGUGUAUUUCUUAGACUAGAAUACAUUGGAUCUUUGUCAUCAAUAUUAAUGUAUGUGAGAUGUGUCUCUAUCCAUUGUUGAUGUAUGAAUUCUCAUUAGUUAAAUAUUAAAGUGAUUGUUUACAUUGGUAAGUGCGUGACAUCACAUAGGAAUUAAAAUUGUACCUUAAUCUAAUGAAGUAAAGUAGUUCAUGAAAUGAUUUGAUUCUGUAAUAUUAAUGUUUAAAAAAUUAAAACAUAAUUAUGCCCACUCCACAUUCAUUCUUUAUCAUUCCAGGUAAUUUUUAAGGUAGGUCACUUGCCAUUACCCUACUUUACCUACUUAAAAGCCCUAAACCAAACUUAU